UGAGAAUGUAAAAGGCAUUUUCUAUUAACACACUUCAACCUUUAUUCAGAAUAAAGAUAAUGCCCGACAAACACAAAAUGGUAUUUUGAAAAUAUAAUUAUAAACCCCCAAAAUUAAAAAUAUAACAAAACAUACCAGUAUUAAACAAAAAAUUACAAAACAUCAGGAACAUAAAAAUUCACCAACACUAUGUGCUGUUAUUAUCUGAGACUGCCGUAACUAACUUUACAUAUACAAGGUCUUUUCAUCUGUCUGAAUUUCCAUACACACUUUAAUAAUAUCAUAUUUUCUACUUUCUCUUACUGAGAUGGGUAAAAAAUUGUCAGAACACAUGAUUAAUUAUGAAAUACACAAACAAAAUUGUAUUGAGAAACAAAAGUAAUCAUAAGCAGGCAGCCUUUUCUUGUACAUUUGUCUUUAACGGAGAUGCUCAACCUAACAAAACUCAAUUGAAAAGUUUGUAACUUGCAGAGGCUAUGACAGACAGCCUUCAUUUUUAAGGCUUUUUGAAUUGAGAAAAGAUGUUAAUAUUGUAACUUUAAUCCACUACAGUCUAAUACUUUUUGCAGGCACUUUCUUCUGUUUCUCACUUGUCAAUAUGUCUCUUAGCUUUACAAAUAUUAGAAGAAUAAAAGAAAAGGACAAUUUUAUUUUCAUUCAAAAAUAAAGUAUUUUGUAAUAAGUUGGUUUUCUCAUUCUUUAAACUCAUUAAAUAACAGAAGCUACUUCUGCCCAAAGGAAUGACAUCUCUUCUACUAAUAUUUUUCAAGUAACUUUUAAAUCAAUUGCAGCAUUACUUAGGUUGAGCAUUCCUAGUUUCAAUGUACUGACAUGAUUUACUAGUUCUUCAAAGUGACUAGCAUUUAUUUGCGUUACAUUUGUUGAUCCUAUUUAGCUACCAACCCAACCAUGGAGGUUGGUUCAUUUUAUGGAUUGGUACAUAAGUUAAAUUCACAGGUAUGUUGAUAAUAGCAAAUUUCAUUUUCAAUCUUUUUAAAGUUUUCCGUAUCAUAUACCCAUUCUUUCCCAAUAAAAAUCCAGCAGGUAUAUGAACAUCUCGAUAUGUUUUAUCAUCUAUCAUUUCAAUAUAAUAUUCAUCUGCAUUUUCAUCAUGAUCUGCAACUAUUACGGCUCUCGCUCCCACCUCUUCAGCUCGAACAGUUUUACUUAGGAAAGAGCAUUCUCCUCUCUCUACUAACGCCACACUUCCUUCUAAAUCUUCAGCAUUCCGUGGCCAUCCACAUCCACAUGGUGGGUCAACAGGUACUAGUGGUAUUUCUACUCCCGCAAAUGACUCAUUCUGUGGUAUCCCAAAAUCUUUGGCAGGUCUUAUUUUAUAAGUGUAACUUAAUUCUUCUGGUUCAAUUAUUUCAAAAUAAAUAUCUGAGUCCAUGAAUUCCACACUGUCUGUGAUUGUGUAAGUAUGCACUGUAGUAACUACGACCGUAACAAUCGGGAAGAAGAAGUGGCUUAGUAAAAUUAAUCCAACAAAUAAAAUAUUGCCAUUUAAGGUUGGGAGCAACUGAACGAUUUUCCACAUUAUAAUCAUAAUCGAAAGUCUCUCCGAGCUAAUGUCUCACCGAAAUUAUUAAAUUAACUCACAUUCUAUAGAUUUUUUUACACACUCCUACAGAGUAAAAAUUAUCGCAAUAUCACUAUGAAGUAUAAACCCAGCAUGUGCGACAUCAACAUGAACCAUUCAUUAUAAAAUGUCGAUGAUGUGGUACAACUGGAACCUCGGGGUUGAUCUGAAGGAUCAAUGUUGCCGAGAAUGGCUGAAAGCUGCUGGAGAGUUCCAAAACCUCGAAAACAAUAUGGCGUUUUGUUUUGUCAGAUGAACGUCAUCUGCGUUUUAGUAAUAAUUGCUUGUAGCUAAGAUGUAACAUUAUAAUAGCCUUAUAUUUUUCUUACAUUUCAAGAUUAAAUUUUCGUAACACAAACUUACGAUUUGGGUGAACAGUGCCUGGGACCGUUACGUGAGGUUAUGGCAAAUGUCAUUUGAAUUCUUGGCUUAUUGUUUACGUACGUUAUUUGUGCAUGGAUAUUUUUGUGUAUGCAACGUCUGAAAGCAGUCAUUAUGCUUAAAGUAGUUGUGAACGAUCAUCAGAAAUUAUUUGAUAGGCCUUUGUUUAGGAGUGUUAGUACAAUAUGUUCAAGUGUUUGUGUUGUUUAGAUGUAUAUUAUUUGAAUGAGAAUAGUGCCAUGUAAUGAAACAUAACAUAUAUUAAGCGAAUGAAUAAUUUUAAAAGAAAAUGUCAGCAUCUGAUUCAGAGGGUGUCUUUUCUCAAUCUGAUGCACCCACUGUGUUGGAAGAUGCUGCCAGUGCAAGUUCUUGUCAUGAAAUAGCAGCUGAGAAUAGCCCAGACAUUAAAAGAUGCGUUGAUACUUAUGAUGACUGCAAAUCUGAAUGUAGCAGCAAUAGCAAUGUAUCAGAAAUCUCUAAUUUAUCUCUCACAGACACUGAAGCAGAAACAUAUAAUGCAAAGAAAAAGGAGCAAGAAAGGGACAAAGAUGAUCUUCUUGAAGACAGUAUGGAGGAGGAAAGUGGAAAUCCACAACAAGAAAACAAUACAUUGUUUGCCAAAGCCCUUAUCAGCCAAGAUGAUAAUGUAACUCUUGGUUCACAAUCCAAUUCUGGUUCAGUACUGAAGAUGGAUUCGUCAGCAUUACGGGAGAACACAAGUCCAGAAUUAGAAAAUUUGCAUUCUCGAACAACUCCAAAUGGUUUUUCUGAUUCAAUAUUACACCAUCCUGCUUAUAAAACUCUAAUUCAAGAAAUAACACACUUUAAAGAACAAGUGAAAGAACUUCAGAAUGAAAUAACCAGGCUUGAAUGUGAGAAUCAGCGGUUAGAAGCAGAUAGAUCCCAUGAAAUUUAUGUAGUCCAGCUUGAAACUCUGGAAAAAACUAUAGCACAACAGCAGAAUGAGAUACAAAAAAUUACUCUUGAAAGUCGACAACAAGCAGAAAUUGCUACGAAAAGCUACAAUCAAAUGAAAAAAGAUCUGGAAGGAAAACUGCAAAAGUUGACUAAAGAUUAUGAUUCUGUAAAUGCUGACAAGGAUUCAAUGGUAAUGAGCUAUGUAGUUAGUGAAAAAAAAGUUAUGGAUCUUCAAAAAGCAAAAGAGGGCUUAGAAAAGAAAUUAAAAGAAUCUGUCAAAGAAAGAGAAAUUCUGGUGGGUAAAAUGAAAAGUGCUGCAGGAGAAAAGGCGAGAAUAUGUCAAAUGUUAGAUAACAAGUGUCAUGAGCUUACAUCUGUGCAAAAGGAGAAUGAAAAAAUGAAAGAUGAUUUGAAUUCUCUUGAAAUUAAAUUAAAAUGGGUACAGAAUAAACUGAAGACAGAAACAGAGACACAUAAGGAAACCCAACGAAAAGUAGAGAAACUAGUUCAGAAAUUGCAAGAAUGUCGUGAAGAAACUGAACAAGUUCGUCAUGAUUGUCAAGAGACAAUGCGAGCCUUCCAGGAAUCAGAGGACAACAAAGCUUACACUUUAGCAUUACAGUUGAAAGAACAGCAAGCUAAAUUGAUAAUGGAGCGUCAUGAAAGAGAAGGAAAGGAGGAAACUUAUAAACAACUUCUGCAGGAAGUAGACAAUUUGAAAAAAAAGAAUCAUGUGAUUAUAGAAGAAAACAAUAUUCUUUCUGUGAAGGUCCAGAAUUUAGAGAAAGAAAGACUGGAAUAUGAACAGAAUGUUUCCAAGUACAAAAGAUCGACAGACAAACAGCACCAGGAUAUUGUUGAUUUACAAAACCAAGUUACAGAAAUGGAAGCUCUGAAAAUGCAAUUACAGCAUGGACAAGAAAAGGUUGUGGCUAGCCAAGCAGAAGUUGAACGACUGCGAAAUAGCAAUGAAGAACUUCUACAAGAAAUGGCUAUGUGCCGUGAAAGGGAGGCUGAGCUUUUAGAUUUUACUCAAAAAUUAACAGAAAAGAAUGUUCGCUUGCAAUCGGAAUUCUCGGCUACUGAAGCAAAGGCACAGCAAUUAGAAUAUGAACAAGGUCCAUUGCAACGUCGGCAAAAUGAGUUAGAAGCAGAAGUAGUAUUUCUAAAAGAGGAAUUGCAGAAAGAGCAGCAACAACGAUUGGAAGAAAGCUCACUUUUGGCUCGACAUUUGGCUGAGCGAACCAAUCACGCUGAAAAUUUGGCCAGACAAGUGGAAGACCUGCAAGGAGAAAUUGAAGUGAUACGUCGAAAGGAUGCAACAAGAAUAAAGGAGCUUACACGUGAACUGCAACAAUAUCGAAAGAAAGAGGCUUCAAAUGAAACAUCAAGUAGUAGUAAUUCUCUGAAUCAAGCUUCCAGAACAAGCUCCAGUUCAUCACUUAAUACUUUGGCUGACGGCAAUCAUAACAAUACAAAUGGCCACAAAAUAUCUGAAGUAAAUUCUGCUUCAGACCAACAUAGUAACAGCUUCCAGGUUUCUACAUCCAUUGAGCCUGACCGCCAGAUGCUGAUAGAACGCAUUGUUCAGUUGCAAAGAUCAAAUGCACGGCAACAAGAGAAAAUUGAAUUCUUGGAAGAACAUAGUAAUCAAUUAACAUCUGAACUUCAAAAGAAAAAGCGCAUUGUUCAAAAUUAUAUCUUACGUGAGCAGGAAGGAGCCCUGUCUUCAGAAACUAUGGAUCAGAAUAAGGCGGAAGUUGUUAAACAUGGUGGCAUUAUGGCAUCUCUGUAUGGUUCCAAGGUAGCUGACAGUUCCAUAACUUUAGAACUAUCUCUUGAAAUAAAUAAAAAAUUGCAAGCUGUUCUUGAAGACACUUUAUUGAAGAACAUAACCCUGAAGGAAAAUAUUGACACAUUGGGUACUGAAAUUGCCCGUCUUACGAUGCAGAAAAAUAAACAAGAUGUCUACAGGUAGAAGGUACUUAAAGAGAAAUGUAGCAGUGGUGUCUGUUUUUCCAUGAGCUUUGCUGAUGUGAUUGAAUUUGAAAAUAAGAGAAGAAUGAAGUGUUUCAAGCUUUUGGUCAGAACAAAAAAGUGGAAAAUACAUGAAGCAUAUUUUGCUCUCUUUGAACCCUUCGCUGCAUGUAUAUCAAAAUCAAUAGAAUAGCUCAUCUAUUAUAUAAUCUAAAGAAUUUCUACCUGUUCGUGUGUGAAAAGCAGUGCAGUAAUUAUUUUGAUCAACAGCUGGAUUAUUACUCUCAUCUGUUUUGAAAGAAACAUUAGAAUCUCUUCAAGUUUAAAAGUCAAAUAUGUACCUAUUUGUGUAACAUUUUGUAUUGUAAUUAUGUGUUUGUUUCUAUAUAAGCAUUUAAUGUUUUAAAGUAGGAAUUUAUUGUUUUCCAUUUUCAGUUGAAAACAUAUUUGUUGUUUUUUAAAUUAUUCUUAUUUAUUUGAUUCCGUAAAGAUUCUCUACAAAUGAUAAUUCUGUUCCCUAGACAAAAUGGUUGGGUAAACAAAAACUAUUUUAAAUAAAUUUCAUUAAAAGAAAAAUGUAAGAAAUCCAUUAUUACUUGUGCGAUUGCUUGAGUAGAACCCUUUGCCAAAUGUGUACUAAAAACUGUAUUAGCUCGAACCUUUUAUCAUUGAUUAUAAUAAUGAUUAUUAUGAUUAUUAUUAUUAUUAUUAUUUAAAUGGAGUAACUAAUGUAUAUAGAUAUGAUUCCUUCUUAUUUUUGUUUUGGUAGUCAACUUUGCGUGAAGAAAGAGAAUAUUGGCAUGUUAUUUGGUACACGUCUUCCAUAUGUUUUUAUGAUAGUAUUAUUUUGAUUAGAUAUUACAUUCCAAGUCAGAGGCAUUUAUGAAAGUAACUUUGGUAUUUUUACCUGCUAAAUACUUUGAUGAUGUACAAAACAUGUCCCUGUGAAUAAAUGACAUGGUAUUACUGCAGUUAAAAAGCAAAAUCACGGUGGUACCUUUUAAAUAUUCUCAGAAAAGGCCAGUCUCUUUCUUCAAUGUUUGUUCUUCAUAAUUUUUAAAAGAAAUUAUUUGUAUGAGAAUUAGUUAUAUAUAUUUUUGUAAAAAUGUAUUGAAUGUAUAUAAAAGGUCUCACUUUAUUGCAUUGUCAGAAGUUUCUGUGAUUGCUUGAGCACUUAUGUGCAGGACAUAUCGAAUGUAUGUUAAUGCUGUGUAGAUAAUGGCUUGUGUACAUAAUGUAAAGAAUUUGAAUUUGUGUGGAAUUAUUGAGUGCUGGAUCAUAUAGCAAUUGGAGAUAUGUAAUGAUGCAGUGGUUAAUAAUAAGUAAUCCUAAACUA